AUGGCGAGCACCAAGGGACCCAUGUUCAUUCCCAUCCCGCCGGGCCUGUCGCGUCACAGUUCCAUGUCGGAGAGUUUGGCCUUCUAUCCACCACCUGGACUCCCGUCCCCACCGUCCCCACCGAUCGCCUUCCCAGGAGAGAUGCUCCGCGCUUUCGCGCACGCACAGCCUGCGAUCAUCGAGCUUGCUGGCCGAUGCACAGGUGCUCAGGUGCUUGAAGAAAAGAGCUCCUGCACGUCACAGCCAGACAGUCUUGGAACCAGGUGUUCGACGGACGAGCCUGGCACCCCUCCAGCCCCUCCGACACCACUGUCAGAGGCUGCCGACCCAGAGGUGGCCAGAGGUGCCUUGAAGCCAUGGACUCUCGAAGAUGGGGGCGUAGAGGCAGUGAUGGAGCAAGCGGACGAAGCCGAGUUGGAGGCCGCCCUGGAGCCGGUGCUGAAGGAAAUCCUGUCCCAGGACAAACAGAAAACCAAGGAGAAGCCUGCAAACGGCAAUGUGCGCUGGUGGACCCGUCCCUCUGCUCCAUUGCUUUGCCCCCUGUCCGGCUUUCCAACUUGCUUAUUGCCUUACCCGCCCUUCAAGCUUCGUGUGGACCCAACGCGGUCGGCGCCACAUCGCUUGGUGGACGGCAAAUACCUGGCAAUGACAUGCAUUGUCACCGGACGGUUUGUGGCCUGUGGGCGUGAGCUUCAGACCUCCGACAUUAGUGCCCUUGACGACUACAUUCACCGCUGCAAGCUUGGCCCAUAUCGUCCUGGCCGUGCAGUGGUGUUGAUGCAGCAAGCUGCUUCAUCGCCAACGGCGGAACAACGUGACAGCGCCACACAGGAACUUGAGCGCUUUGUUGCAUCAGCUCGCGCCGAGCUGGGAAAGGUGCGUCGAAUCCAGGAGAAUAGGCUUACGCAGAUCCAGCAGGCCUUGCCUACACACCUUCAAAGUGCUAUCCGCUUCCCAACCCAGGAGGCUUCGUCGGCAUUGCCGGAAGCAAAGGGCAGGCGCCCGCCAGCAUUUUCGACGGGAAGUGUUUCCACUCGUGCAAGCUUUUCAAGCGACUGCAGCCUCGCAGACGCUCCGGAGGGCUGA